AUGAAUGAAAUCAGUUUAACCACUCCAAAAGACUGGCAAGAAAUAAUUGAUGCAGUCACUUUACAAAACUCCAAAGAAUACUGGCAACAGCCAAUGGAUCAAUCCAAUCCAAGUACUUUUGGCCAAAACCAGCAACAAUCAACGGAUACAAUUGAUUCAAGCAUUGCCAACGAAUACUGGCAAGAAUUGUUUGAUGUAGCUAAUCCAAGCACUUCCAGUCAAGUUUCUGACCCAACUAAUGAGCCUAAUCCAGAUAUUUCCGAUCAAGACCAACAACAACCAGCUAAUGAACCCAGUUUAGGUAUUCCUGACCAAACUCAGCAACACUCGAUUGAUCAGCCGAGUCCAAGCACUCCAAAACGAGGCCGGAAACGACGAAUUGGUCAACCCAGUUCAAGCACUUCCAGUCAAGCCCAGCAACAACCAAUUGACCAAAACCAGUCUGCUAAUACUGGUUUUAUUCAAGUGGCUGAAUUAAGCCAAAGACAUCAAAAAACCUUUAAUCGUAUAAAGCAAAGAUUUGAAUUGUCUAAAGAAAUACGAAAGAAAAAGCGCAAGGAAUAUCGUGAAUAUGCAGCCCUCGAAAUCAAUCAACGGUUAGCGUUAGCAAUGGGGAGAGAAAUAACUGAACCAAGAUACGAUCCAAAGGUUGAAGAGCGAUUAAAAAAAGAGUGUAAAAGGACAAACAAAAGAGCGAGCAAUUUAAGACAACAAUUAAAAAGAUUUAUGAAAAGGUAUGGUUUGAAAUUCGAAGAACCGGAGUUGGAUUUUUGA